AUGAUCACUACAUUUUUUGGUCUUAUCGGUGGUCAAGUUGCAGUUUUGAAACUAAUUAUACCACGAUUCGUUCGAUUUAUUAGAGGAAAUAGAAUAGCGCAAAAUGAACAAACAGCAGAUGAUAUUCAACAGGAAAAUCUCCCAUGGCUUUGUAAGUUUCAAGAGAAAGUAUCUGCAUUCAACUUGUUUCAAUCAAUACCGCCUUCAAUCAAUGAAUUUCAACUUCAAAAUGAACGGACAUCAACGAGAUUAUUUAUUUUUUUCUUCAUACUCUCAUUAGCAAUCAUUAUUGGAUAUAUUUCACUAAAAAGCGUCACAAAAAUUGAAAAUAUUGAAGUGCCUACAUUCGAAGACUAUUCAAAAUUAUAUUUAAAUCAUUCAUCAACUUUAGUAUGUCCGUGUGAAAAAAUAUCCAUCGAUUAUAAAAGAUUUGUUUAUAUCGAAUAUGCAUUUCAUGAAGUAUGUAAUAGUGUUUAUAUUACUAACGAAUGGAUAGCUUAUGUUGAUGGACGUGCUACACCAGAAAUUAUUGGUUUUGAUGAUUUUCGAGCGACGGGUAUGAACGCAUUUCGUGCUCUUCGUUCUCUUUGCCAAUUAACUAACAAAACAGUAUCCGAAAGUUUGAUUGGAUUCUAUUCAAAGCAGUAUAUCAGUGCUACAAUACAACCAUUACAUUUAUUUGAAUUUCAAAUACAAUUACUGCUUGAACAAUUUAUGUCUUCGAUAACGAAUGAUCUAAUAUCAUCGUUAGAACUCGUACGAGACACAACUCAAGUCAAUGGUCUAUGGGCUUUGGCUGGCAUGCAAUAUAAUAUAUACAUAAAUAUUGAAUUUGAUAGUUUAUCGUUAGUGGUUCGUGAUUAUUUUGACUGUAGUUGUGAUAAUUCACCUAGAUGCAUUCGGCAAUCAUCUAUUUACAGGUUUUCUGACAAAACUGUGCUAUUUUUAAUACCAGGUCUCUACUUGGGAUGUCUUGCAAUCGAAGCAUUAUUACAAUCAACACUAGAAUGCUUUUACAAUCAAACAUGUAUUAAUAAAUUACAAUCAUAUUAUGCAUAUAAAAAAUUUCUGAACGUAACCGUUCUUGAUUCAACAUUGCUCGGCCAUUUUCCUGUGAAUUCAACCAUUGAAGAACUUGUAAAUAAAUCAAUGAUUAAAGAGUGGAGUCGAACUAUUACGUUCAAAAAUUACUACAAUACAUGUCGGCCAACACAUUGUUUCUAUAGUUACUCAACUAGAAAUCAUAUAUUCUAUAUUGUGACUACAAUAUUUGGUCUAUGUGGUGGCUUGAUAACAGCUUUGAAGUUUAUUUUACCAUUAUUAGUUAAACUUGCAAGAAGACAUAAAAGAUUACCAAUUACAAUACCGGACAACAUCACCAAUCAACCAACGCUAACUACAUAUCAAAAAUCAAUAAAGUUUUUACGAAAUCUCAAUUUAUUUGUAUCAAUACCACCUUCAAUUAACGGCACGGAUCUUCGAAAUGAACGCAUAUCUACCAGAUUACUUAUUUUACUCUUAUUUCUCUCAACAGCUACCAUUAUUAUGUAUACUUCAUUGGUCAAAAUCAAUAAGAUUGUCAGUAUCAACGCACCUACAUUCAAAACAUAUUCAAACUUAUAUAUAACUUAUUCACAAACGUUAACAUGUCCGUGUACAACAAUAUCGGUCAAUUAUAAGAGGUUUCUCAAUGUUAAAUAUACAUUUCAUCAAGUGUGUAGUAGUAUUUUUGUUACCGAGAUUUGGAGACAACAGUUGUUACAAACUCCUCCACAGAUGACGUCGUACUUUCGUGACUUCCGUGGUACACGUAAAUAUUUAUUUCAAGCUUUGAAUACAUUUUGUCAAUUAGCAGAGAAGACAAUGUCGAAAAGUUUAACUCAAUUUUAUUCAAAUCGUUAUAUUAGCAUCACAGUAGUACCAUCCGAUUUGUUUUAUUUACAACUGCAAUCAUCAUUCGAACACUUUAUGUCUUUGGCAACAAAUGAACUAUUAUUAUCAUUGGAAAUUAUACGAAAAACAACACAUGCCAAUGCUUUUUUCUCUGGACGUUGGACAAAUUAUGAUUUACACCCAACAUUUUCUCCUAGAUUGCCAUACACAGAAAUUUUAACACAAAAUCCUCAAUACUACUCAAAUUGCCGAUGUGAUAUUUCACGGGCAUGUGUAGAACCAUCGGUCAUCUAUGAUAAAUUAGGUGUCACUAAAUUAUUUACAAUACCAGGCAUUUAUAAAGGAUGCUUCAUGAUUGAAUCAUUAUUACAAUCAACUCUCGAAUGUUUUUAUAAUCAAACAUGUAUCAAUGAAUUAAAUUCAUAUUUAUUAUCUAACUUAAGUCUAGAUGUAAAAGCACUCGAUCCAUCAUUAGCAAGUCGUUUCGUAGAAAAGUCAAUAAUGGAAGAACUUGUCAAUGAAUUAAUGAUUGAAAAAUGGAAUUUAUCUAUGAUUCAUGAAAAUUAUUAUAAUGCAAACUAG